CUCAGGCAGUGAGAGAGACAGCCCCGGCACUGGGGAAGGCAGGGAAGAGAGGAGAAACAAGAUGGCGGCUUCCUUGUGGGUGAGCUGCGGUGGAAAAGUGGCGCGGCUGCUGCUGGGGCGGCCGCCAGCUCUGGGCGCUGGCGUGGUCUUCGCUCGAGGGGGCUGGAGGUGUCUGCAUGGGACCCGGGAGCUGCUGGGUAUACCUGGUAUUAAAGUCCUCAUGCCUGCACUGUCUCCUACCAUGGAAGAAGGAAACAUUGUGAAAUGGUUAAAAAAGGAAGGUGAAACAGUGAGUACUGGAGAUGCCUUGUGUGAAAUUGAAACAGACAAAGCAGUGGUCACCAUGGAGUCAAGUGAAGAUGGCAUAUUGGCUAAAAUACUGGUGCAAGAAGGAACCAAAAAUGUACGCUUGGGCUCAGUAAUCGGUCUGCUGGUAGAGGAAGGGCAGGACUGGAAGCAAGUUGAAAUACCAGCUGAUGGUGGUGCUCCAUCUUCUCCGGCUCCACCAGCACCUGCAGUUACCUCAAGUCUUGCAGGUCCUUCAGUUUCAGCCCCUCCUAAGCUAGAGCAUCAACCUGGAAAAUUGCCGGUACGCCUAAGUCCUGCAGCUCGCAUCAUUUUGGAGACGCAUGGACUAGAUACAACCAAUCUUACACCUACUGGGCCUCGAGGAAUCUUCACUAAAGAGGAUGCUCUCAAACUUCUGCAAGAGAAGCAGAAGGGCAAACCCACUGAAUUGAAACCUGUGGUUUCUCCAGCUCCUCCCCAGCCUACUGCAGUGCCUUCACAAGCAACAGCUGUGCCUCCAGCUUACCCAAGGCCAGCAGUUCCACCACUUUCAAUACCAGGACAACCUGCUGCACCGGGCACAUUCACGGAAAUCCCUGCUAGCAACAUCCGAAGAGUUAUUGCUAAGAGAUUAACAGAGUCUAAGACUACAAUACCUCAUGCCUAUGCUGCUGCCGACUGUGACAUUGAUGCUAUUUUGAGAUUAAGAAAAGAAUUGGCCAAAGCAGAUGACAUUAAAGUAUCUGUAAAUGAUUUUAUUAUCAAAGCAACUGCAGUCACUCUGAAGCAAAUGCCAGAUGUGAACUCAACCUGGGAUGGAGAAGUCUGCAGGCAGCUUCAUUCCAUUGACAUAUCUAUUGCUGUAGCAACGGACCGAGGUCUCAUUACACCAAUCAUAAAAGAUGCUGCUGCCAAAGGAAUAAAGGAAAUUGCUGCCUCUGCAAAGGCUUUAGCAAAGAAAGCAAGAGAUGGAAAACUGUUACCAGAAGAAUACCAGGGAGGAUCUUUCAGCAUCUCUAAUCUGGGCAUGUUUGGCAUCAGUGAUUUCACUGCAGUCAUAAACCCUCCCCAGGCCUGCAUCCUUGCUGUGGGACGAGCAAGAGUAGAGCUCAAGCUUGUGGAAGAUGAAGAAGGAAAUGAGAAACUCGAGCAGCGCCAACUCAUGACAGUGACUCUUUCAAGCGAUGGUCGGGUGGUAGAUGAUGAACUGGCUUCAAAGUUUCUGGAGACUUUGAAAGCCAACAUAGAGAAUCCAAUACGACUUGCCUUGUGUUAAAACUCAGUGGAGAUUUCUUCUUGUUUUUGCAACGAAAACUGUUAACGUACUUGAGUUUUCCUUUAUGGAGGAGUAAAUAGUUACUGUGAGAUGGACAAUUAAAAUACUUAAUUUAUUGAAUUACUGUGAAAAACUAUUAUUGUUCAUGCUUUUAGUCUUUUGAAAUGACCAGACUUUAUACUGUAAAGCUAAAAGACUUUAAAGUCAAACAUACUACUUUUCUGUAAACACUUAGUACUAAUGUCACUUGUUUAUAUAGAAAAGUCAGUCUUGUCUGCAUAGGAAAAUUCAAUAAAACUUUAUGAAAUUUAAAAAGGGAACCAUAGAAUGGUGUGGAUUGGAAGUAACCUUUAAAGGUCACCUAGUCCAACCCCCUGCAAUGAGUAGGGCCAUCUUCAAGUAGACCAGGUUGCUAGAGCAAACCUGUCUAAACCUGACCUUGAAUGUUUCCAGAGAUGGGACAUCUAUCAUCUCUCUGGGCAACCUGUUUGUGCCUCACUGUCCUCCUUGUAAGAAACUCCUUCCUGAUGCGUAGUCUGAAUCUAGCCUCUUGUAGUUUAAAAGCCCUUGUCCCGUUGCUAUAGGCCUUGUUAAAAGUUUGUUCCCAUCUUAUUACCUUCCUUGAAGUAUUGGAAGACCAUAAUAAAGUUUUGCUGAAGCCUUCUCUUUUCCAGGCUGAACAACCCAAACUCCUUCAGGGAUUCUUCAUAGGAGAGGUGUUCUAACUGCCUGAUCAUUUUGUAGCAGCCUUCUGGACCCGCUCCAGCAAGACCAUGUCUGUCUUGUACUGAGGGCUCCAGAGCUGGAUGCAGGACUGCAGGUGGGGUCUUUCCUCUACUGAGAUGGGAUGAUUUUUUCUUUAAGGGUAAAACAUCUGGCUUUUAGAAUGAGGCAAACAAGAAUCAUAAUUGAGCAAAGAGGUGCUAUAAGUCAUGGUCAAUACUGAGAUAGAAAUGAAUAGCUAAAUUAUAUUGCUGCAGUAGAAAGCUUGUCAGUCUUCAGAAGACUUUUCUGGCAUAUUGUGCCGUAGAAAUUAGACUGAAAUAAGGGUUUAUGAGAUUUCUGUCAGAUAUUUCAAUGGCUUCCUACAUAACAGGAAAGACAUUACAAACCAAAAAAGUUUUAAUUUAAUUU